AUGUUAGACAAAUUAACUCAUUUUAAAAAUUUACUCAAUACAGAAGAUAACCGAUCAUCAGAUAUAAUGGAUUUAUCAAGUAAAAUCUCAUCGAAAGAUUCAUGGAAUUUUGAUAAUCUAUUAACAUUGAAAUUACAACAGUCCAGUUAUCAUUCAUCAUCAUCAUCGUCAUCAUCAUCAUUUCUCAAUAAUAAUAAUAAUAGUAAUAAUGAUCAUACAAAUAUAAAUGAAAGUAAUCAAUUAUUAUCAUCAGCUAAAUCAUUAGCUUAUUGUACACCGAAUCCAGUUCCAAAUUUACCAGAGAAUAAUCAAGUACAUUUUUUAGAAUAUCGUGGUGCUCAUUUAGCAACAUUUACAGUGAAUGGACGUGAUUUAAUUUGUUUACCACAAGCAUUUGAAUUAUUUUUAAAACAUUUAGUUGGUGGAUUACAUACAGUUUAUACAAAAUUGAAACGUUUAGAUAUUAUUCCAGUUGUAUGUAAUGUUGAACAAGUACGUAUACUAAGAGGUUUAGGUGCAAUACAACCAGGUGUUAAUCGAUGUAAAUUAAUUGCACCACAAGAAUUUGAUAUACUUUAUGCUGAUUGCACAAAUUCAAGUUCUAGACCUGGACGUCCAUCAAAACGUUUAUCUGGAGUUGAAACACCUGUUCUAUCAUCUGUACUUGGAUCCCGUCAGUCACAUACAUGUCAUAACAAUGAUUCAGGUGAAUCCACUCCCAAACAAUCACGUAGUUGUACAAGCGAUGAUGACAACAGUGGAAAUAAUCAGUCUCAAAUCGAACAAACUUUAUGGCCCAACUCUCAAAAUAAUAUUUCCGCUUAUCCAUUAAUGAAUUCAUAUGAAUUGAUUUUACCUCAACUAUUGAAAGCAAAAGUUUUUGAACACUUGGAAACAGUUUAUUCAUCUUUUAUGAAAUAUGCACUUUCAAAUCACCAAAAUAAAUUAGAACAUGAACAAAAUUCUUCUGGAUCGACCGAGUUUAAAUCCAUCUAUGACGGUGUAGAAAACAUAGUCUUUCCAUCUAUUGAUUUACCACGGAUCUUUCCAAACAAUAUAACGACUCAUUCUGAUCGGCUUUCCACUGAAACUUUUUUGGAAGAAGAAGGAGUGACUUCAUUUAACGAAUCAAAAACGAUAGAAAAUUCGGAUCAGACAUUAAAGUACCAACAGUUAUUUGAUUCAAAACUGCAGUACUUUUUAAAUCAGUUCAUUGGGAUGAAUUAUCCCUGGAAAUCUGUUUAUCGCCCAAUGGAUUCAUCAGGACCAACACUAAAUACUUUUGAUUCACAAAUUAAACCUCAGGUAAAUGAUCAUUUUGAUCAGCAUCCGCAUCAUCCCUACCCCUCAUUGAACAUGAAUACAUCGGAGUCUUUAAAAUGUGAUAAAUCCAAUCUACCAGUUCAAACGUUAUUUUCACAAGAUUUAAUCAAGGAAACAGGUCGAAAUGCUAGACCAUCAACAUCUACAAAUGAUUGUUACAACAAUGAUGAAGAAUCCUUUGAUGAAUCUCUGUGUCCUAAUGGUUUCACUUCAUUAGGAUAUUUUAAAGACACGAAAUUAAAUAAACCAACAAUUCUGAAUUUCUCAGUAGAACAAAUAAAAAUGGAUUCAGAAAGUUGUACAAUGCAUGAGUCUAACAAUAAUGAAACUAAUACAAAGAAAAAAUACACUGACACUUCGAAACGUCGUUUAACUGAUUUCAAAAGGGAAGAAACAAUACUAGAAAAAAACCAUAAUGACUGUGAUGAUGUUGAUGAUCCUGAUCAUGAUGAAAAUGAUGACGUUGAUGAAGAGGAUGUUGUUGACGAUAAUAGUGACAAUAAUGAAGCAAUUAAAAUCAAUCAGAAUACAGACAUGUCUAGAACGUUAACCGCAUUAAAUUAUUACUAUUGGUGGUUACAAUAUAUGUCAAAUGAACUUCCCCAUGUAAAGCAAUCAGUCGUUAGUGAAGCGAAAGUAUCAAUGUUUAAUAACUUUUCUUCACAUGGUUGUUAUACCAACGAUGAUUCAUUAAAGUAG